GGCAAAGAAGGAGACUUUGUUUAUAAAGAAGUGAUCAAAUCACCCUCUGCCUCCCGUAUAUCUCUGGGCAAAAAGGUGAAGUCUGUAAAAGAAACCAUGAAGAAAAGGAUGUCUAAAAAAUAUAGCAGCUCUCUGUCUGAGCAGGAGUCCAGCCCUGGGGUCAUGCCAGGUUCUCCACAGUCGCCACCACCAGACACUGACUCCCUGGACAAACCCAAGCUGAAAGCUGGUGGCUCAGUAGAGAGCCUGAGGAGUUCCUUAAGCGGUCAGAGCUCAAUGAGUGGUCAGACAGUGAGCACAACAGAUUCCUCAACCAGCAACAGGGAGAGUGUGAAAUCAGAAGAUGGUGAUGAUGAAGAGCCUCCUUACAGAGGACCUUUCUGUGGAAGAGCCAGGGUUCACACUGAUUUUACUCCAAGUCCUUAUGAUACAGAUUCUCUGAAGCUCAAGAAAGGUGACAUCAUUGAUAUAAUCAGCAAACCCCCCAUGGGCACUUGGAUGGGCCUGUUGAACAACAAAGUUGGUACUUUCAAGUUUAUCUACGUGGACGUGUUAAAUGAAGAGGAAGAGAAGCCGAAGCGGCCCACCAGGAGACGUCGGAAAAGCAGACCACCCCAGCCCAAGUCAGUUGAGGAUCUCUUGGAUCGCAUCAAUUUAAAGGAGCACAUGCCUACUUUUCUAUUCAAUGGUUAUGAAGAUCUGGAUACUUUUAAGCUUUUAGAAGAAGAAGAUUUGGAUGAACUGAACAUCCGAGAUCCUGAGCACAGAGCUGUUCUCCUCACAGCAGUGGAACUUCUACAGGAAUAUGAUAGUAACAGCGACCAGUCAGGAUCUCAGGAGAAACUUCUUAUUGAAGGCCAAGGCCUAACCGGAUGCUCUCCUCGGGAUUCUGGCUGCUACGAAAGCAGUGAAAACCUGGAGAAUGGUAAAACUCGAAGAACCUGUCUUCUGCCCUCCAAAUCAGCAAGUGAGCAUAGCUUCAAGGACUUCAGCAGAAACCAGCUAUCAAAUUAUCCCACGCUUCCCCUGACCAAGUCAAUAGAAACUCUACAGCAGGGGAAGAAAGAAGGCCAGUUGAGUUGUGCACACCGUGCUCUGAAGAGCUCUGUCAAUCCUCCAGCUGUUCCGGGUCUGAAGAAGAACCGCAGAAGUUUGCCAGUUGCUGUCUGUCGGAGCUAUGAAACUCUGGAUGGCCCCCAGGGUAUAGAUACAUGGCCAAGAUCUCACUCUCUGGAUGAUCUCCAGGGAGAAUCCAAUACUAACCUACAGGACAAUAGCAAAGAAGUAGGUUCUUUUCCUCAGGAUUCACUGGAUAUAGCAAAAAAGGCAACUGGCUCUGCCCUGCCACCUCAGUCUCACAGAGGCAGCUGUGUGGUAGAUCAGUGCAUUACUAAGAAGGGUAAAGGAGCUGCUAGUUCUCAGAAGGGAACAGCUGAGGACUUGGACUGCUCUGUAGUGGAGUCUGCAGGUGGAAAGCCUGCUCCAUUCCCUCUGAAAAACUGUGAAGCUCAGUCUGCCUUAGUGAUGCAUCACGCAACAAGGACGCCUCUGGAAAUUCAAAGUAAAGGCUUUCAUGACCUUGCACGGGCUGAUUAUGCUCCAGUCCUCAAGGGAGGUCUAGAAGCUGAGCAAAAAGGCACAAAUGAGGCAAGAAUGCAACCAAAAAAUCCUUCUCAGCCGCCACCCGUCCCUGCCAAAAAAUGCCGAGAACGCCUUUCUAAUGGAUUAUAUCAUCCUCCCACGACCACAAGUGGGAGCCAUUCAAGUCUAGAAGCACCAUGUUUGCCAGCAAAAAAGGCCAGCUCAUCCACUCCCAUUGAUUGUCACGGAGUACCUGUCCAUAGGACAUCUGAACAGGAGCCCAGUACCCCUCCUAGCCCACUGCCACCCUGGCUGUCGGAGCUCCCAGAGACUGCUAGUGUUCAGCAGCAUGUGAUAAAGCUAGGUCCUGCUUCAGUGAGGAAAGUCUCUUGUAGCAGGGGAAUGGAUCUGGAAAUGGUAAUAGAAAACAAGUUGCAGUCAGAAGACAUUGAUCUUACUGAAGAACCAUACUCGGACAAGGUAAGUGUAAGGUACUCUGAAGACUUAGAGCAGCCUGAAAAGGAUGUUGCCACAAACAUGGACCAAAUCCGGGUAAAGCAGCUGAGGAAGCAGCAUCGCAUGGCAAUUCCAAGUGGAGGACUUACUGAAAUUUGCCGUAAACCUAUAUCCCCAGGACUCAUCAACUCUGUAUCUGACUGGCUGAUUUCUAUUGGUCUGCCUAUGUAUUCCAGCCCGCUCAUAGAAGCAGGAUUCAACACACUGAGCAAAGUGCCUUCUCUGUCACAAACUUGCCUUCAAAAAGCUGGCAUCACAGAGGAAAGGCACAUAAGCAAGCUCCUGGCAGCGGCAAGACUCUUCAAACCUCUUGAUCCAGAGGCAAUUUAA